AUGACGAAGUUGUAUAAUUUCCCUUGGAUUGCUAAGAAGCGGAAAAAGAAAAUGCAAAAAUUUCAAUAUUUUAAAUAUUUUCUGGUAAUUGUAUUAUCACUUCGAACAGUACUUGCCGAGGUGAAAUGGUAUACGGCACCAGAUGGCAACAAAUAUAUGGUUGAUGAUGGAAAUACGUAUAAUUGGUACGAUUCCCUAACUGAAUGUGCCAAAAGAGGUCUGACAUUGGUGAGCAUUACCACGGAAGAGAAAAACGAGGCCUUACUAACAGGCCUAAGACAGCUGAAUAUCUAUGAAUUCUGGCUGGGUGGUGUAGCUACUAAUUUUCGUGACCGUGGUGUAGUUUUUAGUUGGAUAUCUUCGGGUGAAGAUUUCGAUUAUACCUAUUGGAGAGAUAAUGAACCAAAUGGCAGGGGUGAAGAAAAAUUCACUUUGGCUUUGGUUUGUGCCCUUUUGGGUGUUGCUGCUGCUGAUGUAUCCCACUUGAGUGGCGCCUAUGAUUACCCAAAGCAGGACUCCGGUUACAACUAUAAUGGUCCAGUCCAGCAAGGUGGUUAUCAUUAUGAGGCUCCAGCUCAACCCCAACAAACCUAUUUGCCCCCUGCCCAGCCUCAGCAAACUUACUUGCCUCCUGCCCAACCCCAACAAACCUACUUGCCUCCUGCUCAACCUCAACAAACCUACUUGCCUCCUGCUCAACCUCAACAAACCUACUUGCCUCCUGCUCAACCUCAACAAACCUAUUUGCCUCCUGCCCAACCCCAACAAACCUACUUGCCCCCUGCCCAGCCCCAACAAACUUAUUUGCCUCCGGCUGAGCCACAACAAACCUACUUGCCCCCUGCUCAACCUCAACAAACCUACUUGCCCCCUGCUCAACCCCAACAAACCUACUUGCCCCCUAGUGAAGGUCUUGGCCAAGAUGGUUAUCAUUAUCGCACUGUCAAACGUUACCGUUUCAAAUCUCAUUAA